GCACAAACAGACCCAUUUUUCGACAUUAUUGCAGUCGAACAAAUUAAAAACGAAUAUCCUGGUUAUUUGUAGUUCGCGUCUAAUGACAUCUGGGGGUCUAAACGUGCCACAUCCUUAAACUUAUAAAGGAAACAUGGCCACUACAGACGGAAUUCGACCACCGAACGAGCAAUACAGUGUCCUGUUAUCACAGCACGUUAGGACGUUAUUGGAAUCUGGAUUGCUUCUGGAAGAGGACUACGAAGUGCUAUUAAGCGCGUCUAGUUUUAAAAUUUACAACACUAAAUCCACGGAAUAUCCAUUAGGUUCUAUCGUUAGCUGUUUAACUAGCGCGGGUUGUGCAUUUGUCGCUUGGAGGUAUAAUAGUCCAAUUAUCCUGAUAUCUUCAUUAAUUGUUUCUUCAGUUAUCCUUUACUCGAGAAAAAAGGCAACUAUGAAAGCUAGAAAGCGUAAUGAGAUCGUAGCGCAAACAGUUGAAAGUUUUACCAAAUUGAGAAAGUUGAAUAUCGAAAUUAUAUGUUAUCUAAAAAUGAGAAAAAGUUGUAAACAAAAAGAUUCUUACUUACUGAACAAUGAAAUCUCGCAGGAGUUUUUAUGUAAAUUUUUAUUAUACUUCAGAAAAUAUUUUAAUUUUUGCUUUGAGCAAAUACAUUUUUUAGUUACCAUCACCCAAGAAUUGGCCGACGACUUUAUUGUAGUAAAAGCACUUAACGUUGAGUCGCUUUUAACCACCGAAAUUGACAGCGAAGACCACCAAGAACUAUUAGCAGCAAAAGUUCAAGAUAUCUACAUCUUCCUGUCUUCGAAAUAUUUAAAUUACUUGGGGUUAACUUUUUGCCAGAAUCUAAAAAAGUUGAAGGAGAUCGAGCUCAAAAUUCUUUUAGAUAAAAACCUUCCCGAAACUAAUGCCACUUUGCAGCAACUUCACGCUAUACUUCAAAAAGAAUUUAAUAAUAUUCGCUAUAAUACUUUGAAAAAAGUUGAAAUUGAUAUGAGAAAUAGAACGAAUAUUACUCGGCAAGUUUCAGGAAAAUUAAAAGAGACAAUAAUGAAUGCUGUUAAUAAUUUGUCUAUUAUUACAGAAAAAUCGCAGGCGGUAUUGGCAAAAGUUGAGGAAGCAGAGGGACAAGAUCGAAACAAAUUAGAAAGUGCGUUGGUCGAUUUGAGGGAUCACGCUUUCGCGACUUAUGAGUCGUUGGAUGUGCUUUGCCGUUUGUAUGGAAUAUUAUCAAAGAGCAAUAAUUCUACCAAGGAAGGUAAUGUGGUCAAAUUUAGUAAGCAAGCUGAACAACAGAAUAUAGCUAUUAUUAAUUAUGAUGAUCCCAGUGAAGCUCGUGAGGAAAAUUAUGAGUUGUUUAUCCCAGCCAAUGAAGACGAUGAUAAGACGGACACAAGAAACGAUUACGAAGAUCAAUCCAGUGCCUAUCUGAGCUUAAUGUUGAAGGAACUUAGACAGUCACUUAAAAAACAUGCUCGUUUUGUUGCUGCAAGGCGCAAAAGAGGAAUUCAGAAAGAUGAAGAAGAUAUUGAUGAAGUGACAAAUACAAAUUUGGAAACGCAAGUACCCAAGUUUGAUGCUAAUGUACUUAAAGUAGAAGCUAGUGAGAGAAUUGUUUUAGAAGCAAGGCAGGAUGUUGAUAAUGUUCCUCCAAUUCCGCCACCGCGUCCGUCAAAAAUAAUUCCUCCGCCACCUCCUCCACCACUAACGCUACUUAAUUCUAAUUUAGAGCAAGAACGUGAUGUUUUUAUUCAGAAAACGCUUGUUGAGAAUAUAAAAGCGUUAUCUAGUCAAUUAGAAAGAAACGAAGAGGUAUUUGGGGAUUAUUGUGUUAGCGAUUCGGAUUGAAAUAUUUGUGAUUCUAAUUAAUAAUAGUUACGUUUUGUAAGUAUUUUCAAUAAACCUAAUAUGUUUUUUCUAACAACUGCUAGUUUAUUGUUUGUUUGAAGGUGGUAGGUGAUUGGAAAUGAAAAUUAAUGAAAACUACGAGCUUAAAUACCAACAGGAAAAUGUUAUUAUUUGAGGUGGGAUUCUUGGAAAUUUUUGGUAUUUUGAUCGAUGGAUUACUGAAGAUGUCAUUUCUUCCUUUCAAGUAUCUUGCCUCUAUGAACUUUCUUUUUCUCGAAUGUUGUUCUCUGGCAAAUAUUUUGCGUCUGAUCAUUUUAUUCUGU